AUGAAAUUAAAAGAAAUUCCUCGCACUGCAACAUUUGCAUGGAGCCCAGGGCAGCAUUUGCCCAUAAUUGCUACGGGUACUGUAGCAGGGGCUCUUGAUGCCUCGUUCUCAAGUACAACAGAAUUGGAGCUUUUUCACAUUGAUAUACACAGUUCAGAUACUGCAGUGGAACUGCAGCCUUCUGCUGUAGUUAAUAGUAAUGCAAGAUUUGAUCGCCUUGUGUGGGGAAAUGCAAAUGAUAAAGCAUAUGGUAUCAUUGCUGGUGGGUUGGAAAAUGGUGAAUUGGAUUUAUGGGAUCCAGAAAUAAUCUUGGAGGGUGGCGACGCAGAAAAAGCUUUAUUACUACGUAAUACAGUGCAUUCCGGAAAUGUUCGUGGAUUGCAAUUUAACCCCAUCCAAAAUAAUUUAUUGGCUUCUGCUGCAACGAACGGCGAGAUAUUUAUUUGGGAUCUAGCGAAACCUGAUAAACCUUAUACCCCUGGUACAAAAUCGCCAAAAAUGGAGGAGAUCACCUACCUGGCCUGGAAUAACCAAGUACAACAUAUUUUGGCAACAUCUUCGACUACGGGCUAUACCUUAAUAUGGGACUUAAAAAACAAGAGAGAGGUUAUGCAUUUAUCAUAUGCAGGUGCUACUACUCCUUUAGCAAGUGGUUAUGGUAUGGGAUCUAUGAACAUGGGUACUGGUUUAGGCGUUGGGAGGAGGGGCAUCACCGCAGUGGCGUGGAAUCCUGACAUGGCAACACAAAUAAUAACCGCCUCAGAAGAUGAUAAUAACCCAGUUAUUGUAAUUUGGGAUGUUCGUAAUGCGCAUGCUCCAGAGAAGGUCUUAACGGGACAUGACAAAGGUAUUUUGUCAUUGUCUUGGUGUCGGAAAGAUGCCGAUUUAUUGUUAUCAUGUGGUAAAGACAAUAGAACUUUAUGCUGGAACCCGAGAACGGCCGAAAUAAUAGGCGAGGUAGGUAUUACUUCAAAUUGGGCUUUUGAUGUUCAAUGGUGUACUGGAAACCCGUAUUUAUUGGCAUCUGCUUCUUUAGAUGGAAAGAUUAGCGUUCACUCUUUGCAAUCCAAUCAAGAUAAAUUAGUACAAGCUAAUGUGCAUGAUAAUGAUGAUCCUUUUGCACCAAUUGCUUCUGCACAUCAACCAUAUCUCUCACUCAAACAACCUCCGAAAUGGUUAAGAAGACCUGUUGGUGUGAUGUUUGGUUUUGGUGGGAAAUUAGUAUCAUUUUGUGACAAAGCUUCUACAGGUGCUGCACCCAAUAAACGUGUUAUUACAAUAUCCACUAUUGCAACAGAACCGGAGGUUGUGCAGCGAUCCUUGGAGCUUGAGUCAUCAAUUGAUGAAAAGUCUCUCGACGUUUUUUGUGAACGUCGAAGCAAAGAAGCAACAAAUGAAUUUGAAUCGGAGAAUUGGAAAGUUCUUCACAAAAUAUUUAAUGAGAAUGCAAGGGAGCAAUUAGUUAAGCAUCUUGGAUUUUCAAAGGACGAUGUCAUCUCACAAAUAACGACUGCGAUAAAGGCCAUGAAUUUAAAGGGAUCCGAGGAAUCAAAGCAAUCAGAAAUAGAUAAUUUUAAGGAUAUUUUACGACAGGAUAAUACCAUGGAGUCAUCGGGUGUGGUAUCUUUACCCUCGAGCCCUACCGAUGUUAAAUCAGAUGCAGAACAAGGUCACGAUGAACAAUUUGUUGCUAAAUCAGACAAUAUGGACGAAUUAUUUUCCGGUCUGACUGAUCCCAGUGGACCUUCAGAUGCUUCUAAUUUCUUCAAUUCUGGAGACAUCCCUGAUGCUUAUCCUGUUCAAAGUGGAAAUUUAAAUAUUGGUUCAUUCAAAAUUUAUCCUGCACAAGAAUCGGAUGUCGAUAAACUUAUCACUCGAUCUAUAGUACUUGGUGAUUUUGAAUCUGCAGUAGAUUUAUGUUUAAAAACUGAUAGAUUGUCAGAUGCAAUACUUUUAGCGGGAUGUGGUGGCCAAGAGCUUUUGCAGCGAACUCGAAAAAUAUACUUUGAGAGGCGAGCAUCAACAAUCCCAUAUCUGCGUCUUCUUCAGAGUAUUGUCUCUGGCGAUUUAUCGGACAUUGUAUUUAACGCAGAUUUAUCCGAGUGGCAAGAAAUUGUAGUAGUUCUUUGCACAUUUGCUCGUUCUGAAGAAUUUGGAGGAUUGUGCAACGCAUUAGGUCAGAGACUAGAACAAGAAUAUCAUAAGCUUACUAGCCCUACUUCAACAGAAGAAAUGAAAUCAAGAGGAUUAGAAUACCGAAAGAACGCUGUAUUAUGUUUUCUUGCUGCUGGUAAUUUGGAAAACGUAGCAGGUAUCUGGAUUGCUGAACAGGAAAAUGAAGAAAAACAAUAUGAAACUGUACAAAAUAAUCAGGACGGAUCGAAAUUUACAGGCUCGAAAUAUUCUCAUCACGCCAAAGCUCUUCAAGGUCUGAUUGAGAAAGUUACCAUAUUUCGUAAGGCUAUUGACUAUGUUGACCCAUCCGUGGCUCAAAGUUUAGAUUCACCUACUACUGAUCAACAAUACAAGUUAUCUGCCCUAUAUGACAAAUACACUGAUUAUGCAGAAAUUCUCGCAACUCAAGGUUGUUUGACUACUGCUCUUAAAUAUUUGAAUUUAAUACCUGCAGAAUACAAGACAGCUGUACUCGAUCAAAAUAAUUCUUUGGCUGUAAUCAGGGAACGAUUGUAUUAUUCUGGUGUAGAUGUAGGGAGCACAAAAACACCUUUGUUCCCAUUUGCACAAGUACACGUUGGAGCAGAUGGCGAAAUAGAUCAAUCUUCCGUCAAUAAUGAUAUAACUUUUCUGCCUCAAGAUCCUAACAUCACACAAGCUGCUUACCAACAAGCCGCUGCUCAACAAACAUAUUAUAAUCAGUACGCCUAUAACCAGCAACCCAUUGUUCCAAAUGUUCCAGCUUAUAACCAAUAUAUACCGUCUCCAUAUAAUCCUCCGGUACAACAUCCCACCGGCUACCCUUAUCAGCAAAACUUUACCGGAUAUAAUCAGCCAUAUCAAGAAAGUAAUAAUAAUUUAAUCCCUCAACCUCCUAUGCCUCCUAUGCCUAAUGCGCUUGUUCAAAAUGAAAACGUGCCGCCCGCAGAAGUUUUAGCCCCAAAGAAAAAUGCACCAAACUGGAAUGAUCCUCCGGUUGUACCUUCUCCACAGACGAAUAAAAGAACAGUACAAGCUCAAGUAAACAAGCCAUUACCUAUUGUAUCUCCUUUUCCGGCAUCCAAUUCUCCAAUGCAACAAAAGGUGCAACCCCCACCGCAGCAGAAUUUUGCAGCGGCAUCCACUUCCCCAGCGCAGCAAAAGGUGCAUCCCCCACCACAGAAUUUUGCAGCACCUCCACAACCGAAUAUACCUACCGGCUUGCCACCACCACAGGCAAAUCGUGUAGCUCCUACAACAGCAGCGUAUCAACCUGUUGUUGGUGGAUAUACUCCUGGAACAAACGCAGGGUACUCAGCAUCCAAUGCUGGAUAUAACCCACCGCCAGUUACUCAACAAUAUGUACCCCCUCAAAAUCAGCCAGCACCUGUUGUUCAACCCACCAGAGUACCUACUCCAUCAAAAACUCCAACACCCUUAAACAAACACCCGAUCGGUGAUAGAACCCAUAUUCCAGCUGCACAAAAACCAAUAUUUACUAUACUCAGUAACGAAUUAUUGAGAGCUCGACAACAUUCUCCUAAUACGCAAAAAAAACUAUUGGACGAUACUGAGAAACGCCUUAACUUAUUGUUCGAUGCUUUAAAUAAUGAAGAUGUUUCUCCAGGUGUUACUGAAUCUUUAUUAACUCUCGUUCGAGAUUUGGAAUCGCGUAAUUUUCCUAGUGCCAUGAACACUCAGGUGCAAUUGAUGACCACUAAAAUGGAUGAGUGUACGAAAUG